UUUAACUUCAUUGCCGUCUCUCUUAGUUGUUGACACUAUCAUGAACUAGAAAAUUAUGGGGUUCUUUUCUUUUCUGGUUCCCUUUGUUGUUCUGAGACUUGUUCUAUCUAGAACAACUUUUGCUGUGGUUGAUAGCAUAAGACCAUCAGAAUCUAUGAGAGAUAACACAAGUUUGGUAUCCAUUGAAGGAAGUUUUGAACUGGGAUUCUUUAGUCCAGGCACUUCAAAGAAUCGUUAUCUGGGAAUUUGGUAUAAAAAAAUUCCAGUUCAAACUGUCAUUUGGGUCGCAAAUCGGUGUGAACCGAUCAACGUUUCUUCUGGCUCCUUGACUAUAAACAGCACAGGUAAUCUUGUUCUUUCUGGACAGAAUAAGAAGGUUGUUUGGUCUACGAGUUCGUUGAAACAAGCCCGGCAACCACUGGUUCAGCUCUUGGAUAAUGGUAACUUGGUUUUGAGAGAUGAGAAAGAUGAGAACACAGAGAACUAUUUGUGGGAAAGCUUUAAUGAUCCUACUGACACGAUCAUGCCCGGAAUGAAAUUUGGAUGGGACUUGAGGAGUGGUCUCACGAGGCGUUUAUCGACAUGGAAGAGUUUCAAUGAUCCUUGCAAUGGAAAUUUCUCUUUUAGGAUUGAGUUCGAUGAACGACACCAUACAUAUCCUGAGCUAAUCAUCCGUAAAGGGUCUGCAAAAUUUCAUCGACUUGGGCCAUGGAACGGCAUAAGUUUCAGCGGAAUUCCUUACUUGAUGCCAAACCCAGUUUUCGACUACAGGUUCGUGUACAACGAUGAUGAAGUUUACUACAUUUACAACCUCAAAAAUCCGGUGAUCUCAAGAGUUGUCAUGCACCAAACAACAACUGUUCUUGACCGAAUGGUAUGGAUGGAAACAAAGAAGAUUUGGGAGCCUUUUCAUACCUCAAUUGCAGUAGCAGUGUGUGACGAGUAUGGCUACUGUGGAGCUAAUUCGAAAUGUGACAUAAGGACUAAUCCAAUCUGCCAUUGUUUAUUGGGAUUUGAGCCAAAGAUUAAACAAAAUUGGAAUGAGAUGUAUUGGUCAGAAGGGUGUGUGAGAAAGAGUCCUCUGAGCUGCAGUGAUAAAGAGAAAGAUGAGUUCACUAGAUUUUCUGGCUUGAAAGUGCCUGAUACUCAAUACACUUGGGUGAAUAAGAGUAUGAAUCUAGAGGAAUGCAGGGCUAAAUGUUUGAGCAACUGCUCUUGUAUGGCUUAUACAAACUUAGAUAUCAGUGAAAAAGGCAGUGGCUGCGUCGUCUGGUUUGGAGAUCUGUUUGAUAUUCAAGGAUUUCAAUCAGGUGGGCAAGAUCUAUAUAUUCGAAUGCCGGCUUCAGAAAUAGCUCCAAAACUUAAUUAUGAAAAAGCAAGAACUUAUCUUAAGGUGAAGGUGGAGAGAGCAGUGAUGAUUAUAGCUAUCCUCGUUGGAUUAGCUGGUGGGAUUAUUUUAGUUAGCUUUUACAUUCUCACGAGGAGAUACUUUUAUGGCACCAGUAAUUUUUCUAAGAGAUACAAAAGCCAAGAUGAAGAGUUGGAGCUUCCAUUGUUUAAUCUACACACAAUUAGUACUGCCACUAAUAAUUUUUCAGAGAAUAAUAAGCUUGGAGAGGGUGGUUUUGGACCUGUAUAUAAAGGUAUGCUGGAAGGAGGACAAGAAAUUGCUGUAAAGAGACUAUCAAUGUGCUCUGUACAAGGAGCCAAUGAGUUCAAAAAUGAAAUUAAACUAAUUGCUAAACUUCAACAUCGAAAUCUUGUAAAGAUAUUUGGUUAUUGCAUUCAUAGAGAAGAGAAACUAUUGAUUUAUGAGUACAUGUCCAACAAAAGCCUUGACUAUUUCAUUUUUGAUGAAAGACAAGACAAACUAUUAGAAUGGUCUACGAGAUUCCGAAUUGUAUGUGGAAUUGCUAAAGGGCUUCUCUAUUUACAUCAUGAUUCCAGACUGAGGAUUGUACAUCGAGAUCUCAAAGCUAGUAAUGUGCUACUUGAUGAACACAUGAAUCCCAAAAUUUCAGACUUUGGCUUGGCUAGAACUUUUGGUGGAGACCAAAUUGAAGGAAACACAAACAAAGUUGUAGGGACUUAUGGUUAUAUGGCUCCAGAAUAUGCUUUCAAUGGCCUAUUCUCAAUAAAAUCCGACGUAUUUAGCUUUGGUAUAUUGAUGCUAGAAAUCGUUAGUGGAAAGAAAAGCAGACACAUUUACGAUGAAAAUAACGGUCUUAACCUCACAGGACUAGCAUGGACUUUGAUGAAGGAAGGCAAGGCUUUUGAGCUUAUUGACGAUUGCUUGUUAAGAGAUCCACACGAGAGCAUGGAAGAAGCAUUGCGUUGCAUUCACAUUGGUCUCUUGUGUGUGCAACGUAAGCCUAUUGAUAGGCCAAAUAUGUCUUCUGUUAUUCUAAUGUUGAGUGGUGAGAAAGUGUUACCUCGGCCCAAACCACCAGCCUAUUUCACUAACACAGAUUUGUGGGAAGAUCAUUCCCCCUAUGCUACACCCCUAUCAUGCAAUACAAGCAUAACAACUGUCGAGGCGCGGUGAGAAUUUAUACAACAAAUUGAGUUUGCCAUAAAUUUUGAGAUGUAUAUAAUUACUUGGACAAUAUCUUAAGGCCAUCUAAAGGAAUGGUUGAUAGUAAAAUCAACUAUUAUGGACAAGUAGCAAUUUAUAAUGAAGAAAUUUAGUGUAGAGUAAAGAAAAACAGAUCA